ACAACAAUAACUAAAAGAAAUUAGCCUUUGCCGCCAGUAGUUCCGAGAUUCAACGGUGUCUCAGAACAACCAACAUAAUGAUAAGUAUAACUACCAGGGUUAAAUGACGCAUGUUCAGUUCAUUAGUCACAAAGUUGUUGCUGAAGUGGAAAGGUGUCCAAGCCGGCGAAAUGUUUGUGAUUCAAAAAGUGUAUACCUUUUUUAAAAUCAUAUUGGAGUACAUAACAUUCCAAAAAUCUGAAAGUAAUUAUUCUAAACUAAAAACCAACGAUGACAACACGGUCGCAGAUUCCGCUUGGACUGAGCGAUGGAGAAGACUACAAAUUCUUUUGACAUUUUUCUGGCCGGAUGCCAGUAUAGGAAUCCAAAUACGAAUUUUAUUGUGUAUAUUGAUUGUUAUUGCUGAGAGUUCAACCAGUAUUUUCGUCCCAGUUUAUAAUCAGAGGAUCGUGGACAGUCUAGAUAAAAAAGUCUUUUGUUGGGAUCUGAUUUUGAUCUAUGUAGGAUUACAAUUUCUAUCUAUGGGUCCGCUAUGGGCUGUACGAUCAUUCCUGUGGCAACACGUAGAGAAUUUCAUCAACAGAAACGUUGAGACGAAAUUUUUUGCUCAUUUGCAUAAGUUAUCGUUGCGCUGGCAUUUAUCACGUCGGUCCGGUGAAGUUCUUGAACUUAUGAACUCCGCGUCGUAUAGCAUUAGUUCACUAGCGAGCUAUUGCCUGUUUUCUUUUGGUCCAGCUAUUUUAGAUAUUUUAACGUCUGUUGUUUUCCUAACGGCAACAUUCAAUUGGUAUUUCGGUCUUCUUAUCACCAUCACACUGGUCUUAUACUUACGUAUACGUAUUUCUGUGACAAAUUGGGCACAAACAUUUGAAAAGAAGCCUGAAGUAAAAGAGAAAAGUGCGGUCGGUGUUGAUUCGCUUCUCAAUAUCGAAACUAUAAAAUACUGUGGAACUACAAAAUAUGAAGUUGAAGCUUACGCUAACGCGCUGUUAGAAGAUCAAAAGGUGCAGUUCAAUAUGGAAAUUGCAUUUCAUGUAACAGAUCUAUUCGAAAAUGGUGUCGUAUGUGGUAGUCUUCUUGUUUCUUCUUUGCUUUGCGCUUACUUGGUAGUAGACACUGGCUCACUAACAUCCGGUCAGUACGUGUUCUUUGCAGCCUACAUGCUACAAUUGUAUUCGCCAAUGAAUCGAUUGAGUGGAAUUUACCGCCAUUUCCAGGAUCUUUUCAUUGAUAUGGGAAAAUUGUACGAUAUUCUCAAUGAGAAACCGGAAGUUGUAGAUGCACAUGAUGCCAUUGAGUUCUCAAACCCGCGAGGCGACAUCAUCUUCUCCCAUGUGUGUUUCAGCUAUGAUCCAGAUCGUGAAAUCCUGAAUGAUGUUUCAUUUUCGGUAGUUGCUGGUAAAACUUUGGCUCUCGUUGGACCCUCCGGUUCGGGGAAAAGUACUAUUAUCCGUUUACUGUCUCGUUUUUAUGAUGUCGGCAGUGGAUCCAUCAGCAUUGAUGGUGUCGAUGUCAAGAAGAUGACACAAGAAUCACUUCAUGCGGUUCUCGGAAUCGUGCCACAAGACACAAUAUUAUUCAACAAGACCAUUAAAUACAAUAUUAAAUAUGGACAGUCAGAUGCAACUGACGAUGAAGUGGAAUCUGCCGCACGUGCUGCUGACAUUCAUGACAAUAUUUUGAACUUCCCGGAUAAAUACGAAACAGAAGUUGGUGAUAGAGGACUGCGAUUGAGUGGAGGUGAAAAACAGAGAGUCGCAAUAGCACGAACCAUUUUGAAAGGACCACCAAUUGUGUUAUUAGACGAAGCAACGAGUGCACUAGACACACAAACGGAACGUAACAUUCAGUCGGCUAUUGGACAAGUUUGCAAGAAUCGGACCACAAUUAUUGUGGCUCAUCGACUAUCAACUAUAAUUCACGCUGACGAAAUUUUAGUGUUGAAGGAAGGACGAAUUAUUGAGCGUGGUCGACACGAGGUUUUACUACAGAGAGGAGGUACUUAUGGCGAAAUGUGGCAGAAACAGUUUAAUGAGGAAAUUCAUGAAAAACAGGAUUAAUGAUACAAAGUGUCCGUCCCAUCAAAUAAAGCUGUUGUGAUAACGUAUGCAUAGAAUAGUUUUAUAGUUUUUGUGAUUUUAGUUUAUUUUUUAAAAACAU